GUGUAGGGAGCCGGGGCCGCGGUUCCCAGCACCCGAUCGUACCGACGGCGAACCGGUCCCCGGCGCGCAAUGGCUCGGCUAGGCCGCCGCGGUCCCCACCUCAGCGGGCAGGACGGCGGGCUCCCGUGAGCGCAGGGCGCCUAGCGAUGGAGCGGGGCGGGGCCUCGGGCCGGCCGGGUCUGUGCGAGACAUCCGCUUCCGGGGUUGUGGCCAUCGCACCACUCGGCUCGAGAGGCUCGCCGCGCCGUGCCCGGGACCAGUCCCCAGAACGUACGGCCCCUGAGUCGCAGACGCCUUCGCCUCGCUCCCGGACGCCCUCGCCUCGCUCCCGGACGCCCUCGCCUCGCUGCCGGACGCCAGCAUUCUGCUGCCCGCCUCAGUCAGCCAUGCUGGAGCAACUGAGCUCGCUGCCCACGCAAAUGGAUUACAAGGGCCAGAAGCUAGCUGAACAGAUGUUUCAGGGAAUUAUUCUUUUUUCAGCAAUAGUUGGAUUUAUCUACGGGUACGUGGCUGAACAGUUCGGGUGGACUGUCUAUAUAGUUAUGGCUGGAUUUGUUUUUUCGUGUUUGCUGACACUUCCUCCAUGGCCCAUUUAUCGCCGGCACCCCCUCAAGUGGUUACCAGUUCAAGACUCGGGCACAGAAGACAAGAAACCAGGGGAAAGGAAAGUUAAAAGGCAUGCUAAAAAUAAUUGAUCAGGGUUUUACAUGAUUCAGCUCUAUUAUUGCACCUGCUUUUGUAUCCUGUGAGAUGAGCUAAAUUUUCACACCCAAAACACGAGCUACAAACCACCUAUGCUCCUAUGGUACAGCUGUUAUAGAUUUUUUUCUCUUUAUAUUUCACUUCUUGGUGGGGCUUUGACUUGUACAUAUUUUAGACCUCUUCAUAGUUUCUCUGAAAUGGAGAACAGAAAAUACAAGUAUGCAAAGUUUCUUCCAGGUCUACAAAAGUAAUACUUGCUUCAUAAAUGGUAGUACAACUUAAUUAUCAAAGUUUUAUAAUUCAUUAUUAAGCUGUUCGAAUAUUUUCAAUUAAAACUCACAGUGCAAGUCUA